AUGACUCUCACUCGCUUCUUCACAACCUCAAUGAUUCUCUUCUCGCUUGUGGCUAUUUCUUCUGCUAGCAUUGGUAGGUAUGGCCAAAAACCUGAAGCAUCGUUGCAGGAAGAUCAACAGAUAACAUGUACGAAAGUUGAUAAGCAAGGGUACGAGAUGGGUUCAUACUCCUUCACUGGUGCAAGUGACGAAAAGGGUUACUUCUUUGCAACACUCUAUCCUUCUGAGGUCGAAGAUGAUUGCAACCUCGCAGAGUGCAAGGCCUUCCUUGAAAGCUCUCCAUUAGAGACCUGCAAUGUUCCCACUGAUGAUAACAAUGGCGUCAGUGGCUGUCCUCCUGAUUUUUAUCGUAGCCUGAGUGUCAAGAAGAUGAUGUUGUAUUCUGUGAAGCCUCUCUUCUACACCUCGAAGCCUAAAUCAAUCUCUAAUGGUUACUAG